CUUCUCUCUCUCUCUCUCUCACACACAUCUUAUCGUAAAGCAGUGCUAUCUUCUUGUGCCUUUUUCAUUGCUUCUCCAGUAUGACAAGUCUGUUGAAAUAAAUGCUGUCUGACCUCCAGGGAAGAGUUAAAGUUAAGGGAUAAAACUUUCCAGACUGCACCCGAAUAUUUUGGAACAGACACAGAAAAAACUUCUCCUUGAAAGCAGAAAUGAAUGGGUCUCAAAAUGCCAUCCCUAGGAAUGGGACGUCUUCAAUGUCAAGUUCCUCUGCUGCACUGGGUAUCGCCAUCUUGUCGAUAGCCAUUGUGAUUGGCAUUCCGGGUAAUCUUUUUGUCAUCUGGACAAUCCUGUGUCGCAUGCGGAAGCGCUCAGUGACGUGCAUCUUGAUUUUGAACUUGGCCAUGGCCGAUGUUGUGGUCUUGCUGAUGACCCCAUUUUUCCUGCACUUCCUGUCGGUAAAAUGCUGGGUAUUUGGGAAUGGCAUCUGCAAGUUCUGCCACUACUUCUGCUGUGUUAACAUGUUCGCCAGUAUUACAAUCAUGACUUUCAUGAGUUUGGACCGUUUUUUGGCUAUUUGGAAACCUUUCAUUUCACAGGAGGUCCGAACCAAGGGUACUGUCUUUAAGAUCCUUGUAGGCCUGUGGAUUUGGUCCUUCUUGCUUGCAUUACCCAUGAUAUUUUAUAAGGAGGUCAAACCUUACGGGCCCAUUGAAAUCUGUGUAGCUACUCAUGCUUCAUACAGGCACGUCGUCUUCCAAUAUCUCUCAGAAACUAUCCUUGGAUUUCUUGCUCCAUUCACCAUAAUUACCAUAAGCUAUAGUGGCAUUGGCUUUCGCCUGCAGAAUACACGGUUCCAGCGGAAGCGUAGGACUGGAAAGCUUAUUUCCAUGAUUGUGAUUACAUUUGCUCUCUUUUGGCUACCCUACCAUAUUGUGAACCUCAUCCAGGUCUCAGGUGUAAUGACCUCAAAUGCUGAACUUGCUAAAACGUUAAUAACGGCAGCCAAAACUGCGCGACCCAACCUGACAGCGCUUGCCUUUGUGAGUAGUAGUGUGAACCCAGUUUUGUACGCCUUUGCUGGAAGCAACUUUAUCAGGACAGCUAAAGGCAAUUUCAUUGCCAAGCUCUUUGAGGGGACAUCAGAGGCAUCCAGCAUCCGGAAGUUUUCUCGGGCUUUAAGGGAACAGAGUGCAAAAUGUUCUGUAGAGCUUAGUAAGGUUCAAGAGACUAAAUCAAUAACAAACCAAGCAUUCUAGCCUUAUUUUGAUCAGGUUACAAAGUCACACAUUUGUUUUCCAAUGAAUUCUUGGAAAAAGAAAAUAAAAUGCAUUUUAUGUUCAUUUAGAAAGUAAAUGCAAAGGUCAUUGAAAGGGUUAGAUAUGUACAGACUUCAACUGCACAUAUAUGUAUACACUUCAUUACUUUCCACCAGUGUCCAGUGGAAAUACGCAUCUUUAUUUUACUGUGUUGGAGAGAAACGGUAAUGCAACAUUUCCAAAACAGAUAUUUCAGUGCAAAUUGCAAACUAUAAUUUUGCACCACAGUUCUGGGGAACCCAGGUUGGCAUUAACAUUACAGGACCUUCCAUUGCUGGUGGAGAUUGUGUCUGCUGUAAAGUGUAAAGCAUUGCUUUAUACCCAUUGUGGCAGUACCAGAAAGUGUCCUUACAUCUGUUCUACGAACAUUUUCCAAGCACAUUGACAUUGAUUAAACCAUAACACAUGAAGCACCCCAGUCCAGUGCUGUCCUGUACUUUGUUCUUUUUCAGAACUUUGUAAAUCUUACCCAUUGCAGUGCAAACAAUAUUUGAUUUAGCAGAGUUUGAAACAGGAUGUGUACUCUGUUAGGCUGACAGUGUAAAUGGGAAAGGAAAUAAUAACUGGAAGCUGCUGUAUGUUUUUAUUUUAAACAUUGUGUAGAUUUAUACUGCAUUAAUCACAUUUUACUGCACCAAAGCUUGAAACAACAUCAGAAGAGCAUGGAGCACAAGAAAACAUGCUGAAGAAAUGUAAUAGAACAGAAGUUCUUGUAUUAUGUCACUGGUACAGAUGGUAAUAACUACUUUAGUAUUUUGAGAUACAGCUGUAAAUUAUCGUGGAAUACAGAUACCUUGUAAAUAAAUGUUCAAGUUUGUUCAGAUGUCCUAAAGCAUAAGGCUUGAGAAGCUUUGGUGACUCAGAACGUGGAAGUGGCAGGUUGCAAUGUUCUGCAGAUUUGGUCAGACAGAAUUUAUUCAUGUAGCUAUACAAAUACAGAGAUUUUCUCUGCACGACUUGUCUGACACUGGCUGCAGGACACAGCACAUUCUGAGUUACCACACAUAUAAACAGAUAAAUGAGUCCACUGAUCCACUGACCCGGUUCUGAACAGAAUGAAGCCAUAUACAGGACAAAACAAUCAUCAUUCUAAUGAAUGAAUGCAUGAAUAAAUAAAUAAGUGAAAUCUUA